AUGUUGAUGGCAGGACAAAGAGGCGCCUUCACCAUGAGUGACGACGUGGUAGAGAGAAGCUUGGAAGGACCCUCAGCACCCACUACAGACAAGUCCUCCCAGAAAGGGGGAGACUUGGUGGAAAUACUAAAUGGGGAGAAGGUAAAAUUUGAUGACACGAGGCUUUCCUUAAUUCUUCAGAACGGCCUGGAGACCCUCCGAGAGGAAAAUGCUUUGACAGAUGUCAUCUUGUGUGUGGACAUUCAAGAAUUUUCUUGCCAUCGUGUGGUGCUUGCUGCAGCCAGCAACUAUUUCAGGGCCAUGUUCUGCAACGACUUAAAGGAAAAGUAUGAGAAGAGGAUCGUUAUUAAAGGGGUGGAUGCUGAGACCAUGCACACUCUGCUGAGCUACACAUACACAAGCAAGGCUCUGAUCACCAAGCACAAUGUUCAGCGGGUUCUGGAGGCUGCCAACCUUUUCCAGUUUCUGCAGCUGGUGGACGCCUGUGCCACCUUCCUCACAGAAGCCUUGAACCCAGAAAAUUGUAUUGGAAUACUGAGGCUGGCUGACACACACUCCUUGGAUGGAUUAAAGAUGCAAGUUCAGAGUUACAUCAUUCAAAACUUUGUUCAGAUUCUGAACUCUGAGGAGUUCCUGGAACUCCCGGUGGAUACCUUGUAUCACAUCUUGAAGAGUGAUGACCUUUGUGUGACUGAGGAGGCUCAAGUGUUUGAGACAGUGAUGAGCUGGGUCCGGCACAAACAGUCAGAGAGACUCUGCCUACUCCCUUGUGUUCUGGAGAACGUGCGCCUACCACUUCUGGACCCGUGGUACUUUGUGGAGAUGGUUGAAGCAGACCCUCUCAUUAGACAGUGUCCUGAGGUCUUCCCGCUGCUCCAGGAAGCUCGGAUGUACCACCUUUCUGGCAAUGAGAUUAUUUCAGAGCGCACCAAGCCCAGGAUGCAUGAGUUCCAGUCUGAGGUGUUCAUGAUUAUUGGUGGCUGUACAAAAGAUGAACGAUUUGUGGCAGAGGUUACCUGCCUUGACCCCCUGAGGCGCAGUCGCCUGGAGGUGGCCAAGCUCCCACUGACAGAGCAUGAGCUGGAGAGUGAGAAUAAGAAGUGGGUGGAGUUUGCCUGCGUGACAUUAAAAAAUGAGGUCUACAUCUCAGGUGGCAAAGAAACACAGCAUGAUGUUUGGAAAUAUAAUUCUUCAAUCAACAAAUGGAUUCAGAUUGAAUAUUUAAACAUAGGCCGCUGGAGGCAUAAGAUGGUCGUAUUGGGUGGCAAAGUCUAUGUUAUUGGGGGUUUUGAUGGCAUACAAAGGAUCAACAAUGUGGAGACUUAUGACCCCUUCCACAACUGCUGGUCAGAGGCCGCACCCCUUCUUGUCCAUGUCAGUUCCUUUGCAGCUGCUAGCCAUAAGAAGAAGCUGUAUGUCAUUGGAGGAGGACCCAAUGGGAAGCUGGCUACAGACAAGACUCAGUGUUAUGAUCCUUUGACCAAUAAAUGGAUUUUGAAGUCGCCCAUGCCAGUAGAAGCUAAAUGCAUCAAUGCAGUGAGUUUUCAGGAUCACAUCUAUGUUGUUGGUGGUGCCAUGAGAGCGCUCUAUGCCUAUAGCCCUCUGGAAGACAGCUGGUGUCUGGUGACACAGUUCAGUCAUGAGCGAGCCAGCUGUGGCAUUGCACCCUGCAACAACAGGCUGUAUAUCACUGGUGGGAGGGACGAGAAGAAUGAGGUCAUUGCCACUGUGCUCUGCUGGGACCCUGAGACUCAGAAGCUGACUGAGGAAUGUGUGCUGCCACGAGGAGUGUCACACCACGGCAGCGUCACCAUCAGGAAGUCAUAUACUCACAUCCGGCGGGUUGUGCCUGGAGCUGUAUCUGUGUGA